AUGGCCUCUAAACCAAAGGCGCCUAGACGGGAGUCGCGAUUUCUUUCCACACUUGCCAAAUUUCUUUAUAUGAUGAUCAUUUUCUGUUUGCCGUGUCAAGCUGCAAAGAGUAGAUUGGAAAAAAGGAUGAGUCCAGGUCCCAGAAGGCUUCCAAUCCAUCUGGAAAAACGAAUGACACAAGUAGACCAUAUAACCCAACCCUUGUUACACAACGAUCUAGUUGGACAACAUGAUCGUGCUCAAUUUCCCGAACAUUACGCCACUGCAAAAAAGGCAGCUCAAACUGGUAUUGAAAAACAUGAUCCACAUAAAAUAAAGUCGGAUCUGGUUGCGUGGCACGCUCCGGAAACAUACAGAUAUAAAACCCAAUCCGGUAAUCCUACAACUGGAAGUCGCAUGUCUCCCACUGACGCGCAGAGCGUCUCAGUGGACGAGGUGCGAAGUGAACAACGUCGCUACCUCCCUGAGUGGCUCGCAGACAAUCCAAAGGAUUUAGAAGCAUUUCGAGAUUGGUUAGCGAAGAGAUUCAGUCGCAAAUUCAAACAGUCUGAAUUACGAAAAUUCACCAAUGCUCGUGAUCAGGAAGAUUAUGAUAAGAUUGAUGUUUAUAUGACUUCAGCAAGAAAGAAAUGGAUGUACAAACGACCUCAAAAUCCAUACGGGCCACCUCAAAGUCCAUACAAGGACCCUCAUUAUUACUUCAAUAAGUGGUGGAACAUUCGAAAUCGAAGGAUUGAAUGCUAUGGAAAUUAUUGGAAGUUAUUCAAGGUUGGACUUGGGGAAGCCUUAACAGCAGCUAGAAAGAACAUUAAAUAUCUCUUCCGUCGACUUGAAUGGUUUUUGAGAAAGGGGAAAUGA